UCCAACUUCAAACAAAAUCUACUCGUUCCCAACAACAUGGACAGACAAAUCACGUGGGCUGAGAUCUUGGAUGAAUAUGAGGCCCGGGAGUCGGCGUGCCAGUCGACCACGUGGGGGGACGUUAUGGAUAAGGUGGACCCUUUCCCAGGCCAAAGUUACAAGAAUCGCUCCCCAAAGAGGAUAAUUGGGGAGUUGAAGGACGUCAGCGGGAUGAAGCAUCUCCAGGAAAAGAACCUUAGCAAAGAAAGAUGCACCAUGGAAGAGGAGCGCCUCUUGAGCUUUGGAGAAGAGGGCUUCCAAGCAGAGAAGAUGGAUAAGAAGACAGAGGUGGAACAGGAAGAGGAGAAGGUGGAGGAAGAGGUUGAGGAGGAACAGGAGGAGGGAAUGGAGAAGACAGAGAAUGGAGAGAAGAUG